AUGAGUGGGCUUAAAUCUUUGCAUUUCCUAACUGCUAUCCUGCUGAAGAAGAUUGGUCCCAAUGGCACACGCUUCCUUCUAGGCUUGGUAUUAACAGCGGUGCGGCGUACUGCUGUGGGGCAUAGAUUGGCAAAAGUUCAAGGCUUUUUGUUUAAAGCAGCGUUUCUUCGGCGUGUCCCAACAUUUACACGCUUGAUCAUAGAAAACCUUAUAUUUUGUUUCCUCCAAUCCACAUUAUAUCAAACAUCAAAAUACUUGACAGGGUCUUUGAGUUUGCGUUUCAAGAAAAUUUUAACCGAUAUCGUUCAUGCUGAUUACUUUGAGAAUAUGGUUUAUUACAAAAUGUCACAUGUGGAUCAUCGAGUAUCAAAUCCAGAGCAAAGGAUUGCUAGUGAUAUCCCAAAGUUCUCUUCUGAACUAAGUGAGCUUGUACAGGAUGAUCUGGCUGCGGUUGCAGAAGGGCUAAUAUACACCUGGCGUCUCUGUUCGUAUGCUAGUCCAAAAUACGUGGUCUGGAUUAUGGCAUAUGUACUAGUUGCUGGUGGGGUGAUAAGGAAAUUUUCUCCUGCUUUUGGAAAACUGAAAUCCACGGAACAACAACUGGAAGGAGACUAUCAUCAACUACAUUCACGAUUAAGAACACAUGCGGAGAGUGUGGCAUUUUAUGGUGGUGAGAACAGAGAAGCAUCUCAUAUUAUGCAGAGGUUUGAGGCUCUUGUUGGGCAUCUGAAUCUUGUGCGUCAUGAAAACUGGUGGUUCGGCAUGAUUCAAGAUUUCUUUCUGAAGUAUUUUGGUGCCACUGUGGCAGUUGUCCUUAUCAUUGAACCAUUCUUCUCUGGCAACCUUAGACCUGAUUCAUCAACCCUUGGAAGGGCUGAAAUGUUAAGCAAUCUUCGAUAUCACACAAGUGUAAUCAUAUCGUUGUUUCAGUCCCUUGGGAUUCUUUCUAUCAGUUCAAGACGUUUAAAUAUCCUGAGGUCCGAAUCAUGGAAGGUUGACCUGGAAUACUUGCUAGAACUCUAUCCUCUUGAUAAGGAAGUUAACUGGGGUGAUGAGCUGUCCCUUGGUGAGCAACAAAGACUAGGAAUGGCCAGGUUAUUCUACCAUAAGCCAAAGUUUGCCAUACUUGAUGAGUGCACUAGUGCUGUAACGACUGAUAUGGAAGAACGUUUUUGCAAGAAGGUUCGAGCUAUGGGUACAUCUUGUAUAACAAUAUCUCAUCGCCCAGCUUUAGUUGCAUUUCAUGAUAUUGUUUUGUCCUUGGACGGUGAAGGCGACUGGAAUGUUCAGCACAGAAGGGAGGACUCUUCCUUUUCCACUGAAGAGUCUGAUUUUCAAUCAUUAGAAACUGAUCGCAAAUCUGAUGCACUGACUGUUCAAAGAGCUUUUAUGAGAAGGGCAAAGAACAAUCCUUCGUUGGGGUCCAAGGACCAUUCGUACUCUACAGAGGUCAUAGCAACUUCCCCUAAGGUGGAAAUAGAACAUGCAGUACGGACAUCUCGGGUUCCACAUUUGCGAUGCCACCCAAGACCUUUGCCUCUCAGAGUAGCUGCAAUGCUCAACAUACUAGUUCCUAAACUUCUUGAUAAACAAGGCGGGCAGUUGCUUGCUGUUGCUGUACUUGUUUUCUCUCGUACAUGGAUCUCUGAUCGUAUUGCUUCAUUGAAUGGGACAACUGUGAAGUUUGUCUUAGAGCAGGAUAAAGUUGCCUUCAUUCGCUUGAUUGGUGUCAGUAUUCUACAAAGUGCUGCAAAUUCUUUUGUGGCACCAACUCUUAGGACCCUUACCUCUAAACUUGCCCUUGGAUGGCGAAUUCGCUUGACCAAUCAUUUGCUUCGAUAUUAUUUGAAAAGAAAUGCAUUCUACAAGGUAUUCAACAUGUCAGGUAAAACUAUUGAUGCAGACCAAAGAUUAACACUUGAUGUAGACAAGUUGACCACUGAUCUUGCUGGCCUAGUUACUGGAAUGGUAAAACCAGUGGUUGACAUUAUUUGGUUUACAUGGAGAAUGAAGCUCUUGUCAGGACGAAGAGGAGUUGCUAUACUAUAUGCUUACAUGUUACUGGGUUUGGGCUUCCUGAGAGCAGUAUCCCCUGACUUUGGUCGUCUCUCGGGCCAAGAACAAGAACUUGAAGGAACAUUCAGGUUCAUGCACUCAAGACUGCGGACACAUGCUGAAUCAAUUGCUUUUAUUGGUGGUGGUUCAAGAGAGAAAGCUAUGGUUGAGGCUAAAUUCGUAAAGUUACUUAACCACUCAAAGAUUCUCUUGAGGAAACAGUGGCUUUAUGGUAUUGUUGAUGAUUUUGUUACAAAGCAACUUCCUCACAAUGUGACAUGGGGUCUUAGUCUAUUAUAUGCUUUGGAGUACAAGGGAGACAGAGCUUUGACCUCAACUCAAGGAGAGCUGGCACAUGCUCUACGAUUCUUGGCUUCAGUGGUUUCACAGAGCUUCAUAGCCUUUGGCGACAUUCUUGAGUUACAUAAGAAAUUCCUUGAACUCUCUGGUGGGAUUAACCGUAUCUUUGAGCUUGAGGAGCUUACAUGUGCCGCUCAAAGGAUAAUAAAGCGCCCCUUUUCGAAAAAAAUGGUGUCUUCCAAUGCCAUCAGUGCAGCCUCAGAAGAUAUUAUUUCAAUUCAUGAAGUGGACAUCAUAACACCAUCACAGAAGCUAUUGGCUAGUAAACUGUCAUGCAAUGUAGUACAAGGGAAAAGCCUAUUUCUGACUGGUCCCAAUGGUAGUGGAAAGAGUUGUAUAUUUAGAGUGCUUAGAGAUUUGUGGCCCACCUUCUCUGGGAGAGUUAUCAAGCCCUCUGAAGGGAUGUUCCAUGUCCCUCAGCGUCCAUAUACCAGCCUAGGUACUCUGCGGGAUCAGAUCAUAUACCCUCGCUCACGGGAGGAAGCAGAGAUGAAAGUUCUCUCACUACAUCAAGCUGGCAACAAGGCUAGUGCUUCCAUCCUGCUUGAUGAUCACCUGAAGACAAUUCUAGAGAAUGUGCGGCUGGUGUAUCUUCUAGAAAGAGAAGGGUGGGAUUCUACACCAAACUGGGAAGAUGUUCUGUCACUAGGGGGACAACAGAAGCUUGGGGUGGCCCGUUUGUUUUUCCAGCAUCCUAAGUAUGGCAUCCUCGACGAGUGCACCAAUGCUACUAGUGUUGAUGUUGAAGAACAUCUGUACAGGCUUGCAACUAACAUGGGCAUAACUGUGAUCACUUCCUCACAAAGGCCUGCUCUGAUACCCUUCCAUGUCUUGGAGCUGAAGCUCAUUGAUGGUGAAGGGAACUGGGAGCUAUGUUCGAUCCGCCAGUGAGUGAUGCCAUACCUGAGCGACUGAGCUGAUGCUACCAUGUGCGCCAGUCACCUGCAUGUACAAAAGCAAGUAGAUAUCGCAUUGCCAUUUGCCUAUGGAUGGAUAACAGACAGUGGCAGUGUUGGUGUCCUGAAAGACAACCAUAUUCUUGUCAAAAUAUGUUUGGCGUAGAACAACAAAUUACUCAUAGUUUAGCUUACAUCAAGGAGAAGGGUGGUGCAUGAUUGUGAUCCACGAAUGAUGUGUGGCGAGGUUUAACUUGUAGAGGUGUUUCCGAGUUGCAGUAGUUGGACAGCAGAAGAGACAUGUAAAUUAGCAGAUACCUAUUGAUUCAUUAGAUUGCAUUGUAUUAGAUUCUGUGUAGUGUAGUAGACAAAUAUGCUAUCACAGGCAAAUCAAUAAAUAACGUGGAUGCUGCACGGCUAGCGUUGUUUAGAUUAGAGGCUGUACUGUAUGUGCAAAAAAGCAUCUGGCUGCAUGCAUGUAAAUGGCAAUAAUUUGCUGAAGUCUUGCUCCUUUUUGUCCAUGCUUUUUUUAAGAAAUGGAAAUUUCCAAUCCAUGCGCUUGGUUUA